AUGGAAAUUUUGUGGAAGACGUUGACCUGGAUUUUGAGCCUCAUCAUGGCUUCAUCGGAAUUUCAUAGUGACCACAGGCUCUCAUACAGUUCACAAGAGGAAUUCCUGACUUAUCUAGAACACUACCAGCUCACUAUUCCGAUAAGGGUUGACCAAAAUGGAGCUUUCCUCAGCUAUACUGUGAAAAAUGACAAACACUCGAGGAGAAGACGGAGUAUGGACCCUAUCGAUCCACAGCAAGCAGCAUCUAAGUUAUUUUUUAAACUCUCAGCCUAUGGCAAGCACUUUCACCUGAACUUGACCCUCAACAUGGAUUUUGUGUCCAAACAUUUCACCGUAGAAUACUGGGGGAAAGAUGGACCUCAGUGGAAACAUGAUUUUUUAGACAACUGUCACUACACAGGAUACUUGGAAGAUCAACAUAGUACAACCAAAGUGGCUUUAAGCAACUGUAUUGGGUUGCAUGGUGUUAUUGCAACAGAAGAUGAAGAAUAUUUUAUUGAACCAUUAAAGAACACCACAGAGGAUUCCAAACAGUUUAGUUAUGAAAAUGGCCAUCCCCAUGUAAUUUACAAAAAGUCUACCCUUCAGCAACGGCAUAUGUAUGAUCACUCUCAUUGCGGGGUUUCUGACCUCAUGAAUGGCAACCCUUGGUGGCUGAAUUCCACAUCUGCUUUUCCUUCUGCACCACCAACUAAUGGCACACACAGACAGAAGAGAUCCAUAAGCACUGAGCGCUAUGUGGAGACAUUAGUCGUGGCAGACAAAAUGAUGGAGUCCUAUCAUGGCCGCAAAGACAUUGAACAUUACAUUUUGAGUGUAAUGAAUAUUGUUGCCAAACUUUACCGUGAUUCCAGCCUAGGAAACGUUGUGAAUAUUAUAGUGGCCCGCUUAAUUGUUCUCACGGAUGAUCAGCCAAACUUGGAGAUAAACCACCAUGCAGACAAGUCCCUCAAUAGCUUCUGUAAAUGGCAGAAAUCCAUUCUCUCCCACCAAAGUGAUGGAAACAUCAUUCCAGAAAAUGGGAUUGCCCACCACGAUAAUGCGGUUCUUAUGACUAGAUAUGAUAUCUGCACUUAUAAAAAUAUGCCCUGUGGAACACUGGGCUUGGCCUCUGUGGCUGGAAUGUGUGAGCCUGAAAGGAGCUGCAGCAUUAAUGAAGACAUUGGCCUGGGCUCAGCUUUUACCAUUGCACAUGAGAUUGGUCACAAUUUUGGUAUGAACCAUGAUGGACUUGGAAAUCCUUGUGGGACGAAAGGUCAUGAAACAGCAAAACUUAUGGCAGCUCACAUUACUGCAAAUACCAAUCCUUUUUCCUGGUCUUCCUGCAGUCGAGACUAUAUCACCAGCUUUCUAGAUUCAGGCCGUGGCACUUGCCUUAAUAAUGAGCCUCCCAAGCGUGAAUUUAUUUACCCAACUGUGGCCCCAGGUCAGGUGUACGAUGCUGAUGAGCAAUGUCGGUACCAGUACGGAGAAGGAUCCCGCCAAUGUAAAUUUGGGGAAGUGUGUAGAGAGCUCUGGUGUCUCAGCCAAAGCAACCGCUGUGUCACCAACAGUAUUCCUCCAGCUGAGGGAACACUUUGUCAAAGUGCGAGUAUUGAAAAGGGGUGGUGCUAUCAUGGAGACUGUGUUGCUUUUGGCACUUCGCCCCAGAGCGUGGACGGGGGCUGGGGUUCCUGGUCCCUGUGGGGGAAGUGCAGCCGGACCUGCGGGGGAGGCGUCUCCUCAUCCCUGAGACGCUGUGACAGUCCAGCACCUUCAGGAGGUGGAAAGUACUGCCUUGGGGAAAGGAAACGGUAUCGCUCCUGUAACACAGAUCCAUGUCCUUUGGGGGCCCGAGAUUUUCGAGAGAAACAGUGUGCAGACUUUGACAAUAUGCCUUUCCGUGGAAAGUAUUAUAACUGGAAACCCUUUACUGGAGGUGGAGUGAAACCUUGCACAUUACACUGCUUGGCUGAAGGCUACAACUUCUACACUGAACGUGCCCCCGCAGUGAUUGAUGGGACUCGGUGCAAUACGGAUUCACUGGAUAUCUGUAUCAACGGAGAAUGCAAGCAUGUAGGUUGUGAUAAUAUUUUGGAAUCCAAUGUUAAGGAAGAUAAAUGUCGAGUCUGUGGAGGGGAUGGAAGCACCUGCGAUGUCGUUGAAGGGUUAUUCAAUGAGACGUCACCCAGAGGAGGAGGCUACCUGACAGUUGUGCAGAUACCAAGAGGUUCUGUUAACAUUGAAAUCAGAGAAGUUGCCGUGUCACCUACCUAUAUUGCUUUAAAAUCCGAAACAGAUGAACACUAUCUUAAUUGUGGCUGGACUAUUGACUGGCCUAAGAAGUUUGAUGCUGCUGGUACAACUUUUGACUACAAGAGACCAACAGAUGAACCAGAAUCCUUGGUAGCUCCAGGUCCCACCUCGACAAAUCUCAUUGUCAUGAUUCUGUUUCAAGAAAAGUAUGAGGGAAUUACAUAUAAGUUCAAUGUUCCUAUCCCUCGGACUGGCAGUGGAGACAGUGAUAUUGGCUUUGCCUGGAAUCAUCAGCCUUGGUCAGAAUGCUCCGCUACUUGUGCUGGAGGUAAGACACCCACUAGGCAGCCCACCCAGAGGGCAGCAUGGAAAGCAAAACAUGUUGUGAGCUAUGCUUUUGUGUUUGCUAAAGAAGCUAAUUGGAAACAUUUCUUGCAGGUUUGCUUCAAGCUGUAA